GGGGGAGUGUGUGUGGCUGUGUGUGUGUGUGGUUGUGAGUGUGGUUGUGUGUGUGGUUGUGUGAGGGAGUGAACACUGCAAGUGUCUUUUAAACCACACAACACACGGCACGAGGAGCAGCGGCGGCAGCGGCAGUAGCAGCGUGAGUGGAGACGCUCGCGAGAGAAGAGACGAAAGGGGGGUGUAGGGGGGGGUGGCAGAAAGGAACGAGGAGCCGACCGUAGAAGCCGUGGAUCGGCCCACGACGACACCACCACCACCAUCAACAACAACAACCAACAACAACAACGACAACAACAACAACCUCGAGUUUUUCGUGGGGCGUGAGAGAGAGGAGGUGGAGGAGGAGAUGGAGGUGGAGAGUGGAGACCCAGGCCAUGAUCCAGGGAAAAUGUUCAUAGGAGGAUUGAGUUGGCAGACCUCACCAGAGUCUCUCCGUGAUUACUUUGGAAAGUUUGGGGAAGUCAGCGAGUGCAUGGUGAUGAGGGACCCCACCACCAAGAGGUCCAGGGGGUUUGGGUUUGUAACUUACACCGACCCUGGCAGCGUAGACAAAGUCCUCGCACAGUCCCACCACGAGCUGGACUCCAAAACCAUCGACCCGAAAGUUGCAUUCCCCCGAAGAACACAGCCAAAGAUGGUGACGCGGACAAAGAAAGUUUUUGUCGGAGGUCUCUCAGCCAGUACGGUGCUGGAGGACGUCAAACAUUACUUUGAGCAGUUCGGAAAGGUCGAGGAUGCCAUGCUGAUGUUCGACAAAACGACGAACAGGCAUAGGGGCUUUGGCUUCGUGACGUUCGAGAGCGAGGAGGUGGUGGAGAAAGUCUGCGACAUUCACUUCCAUGAGAUCAACAACAAGAUGGUGGAGUGUAAGAAGGCUCAGCCCAAGGAGGUCAUGUUCCCACCAGGGUCAAUCCGUGGCCGUGCCCGGGCCAUCCCAUACGCCAUGGACGCCUUCAUGCUGGGCAUGGGCAUGCUGGGUAAUGGAGCAUGGGCGGGCUCGCACGGCAUGCUGGGCUACCCCAGUUUUGCAGCUGCGUACACUGGCCGGGGCUAUCCAAGCCUUCCUCCUGCUUACGGAUAUCACUUCCCCGGAUUCCCAGCGGCCGCAGCUUAUGGUCAGGUGACUGCGGCAAUGACGGCACGUGGAGCGGCGGCCUUCCCAGACUAUGCCUUCCCAGACUACGGCUUCUACGCGUCUCCCGGUGACCACCGCGCCGGUGCCGCCGCGGCCGCUGCCGCGGCCGCGGCGGCGGCCGCGGCGGCCACGGCCACGGCGACUUUCUCCUACGCGGAGUACGGUGGGGGAGGUGGCGGCGGUCCGGCCAUGGGGGGCGGACGCCCGGCGCUGCACCGCGGCGAGCUCACCGCGGUGGUACCUCCUCCGCACCACCACCACCACCAGCAGCACCACCACCACCACCACCAACAGCAGCAGCAGCAGCAGCACCACCACACGGGACCCGCUGGGUCGCCCAUGCAUCAGGCUCCGCCCAACAGUCACGACGCGCUCACCAACGCCGUGCUGAACGCGUACGCCGGGCAGCCCGGCUUCGGCGCGCCCCCCUCACCCGCGGGGCCCGGGGCUGCCCGGCCCGGGGGCUUCCCGGGCCCCACCAGUCCAGGACCCAUGACGGACGUCUACGGAGGGGGAGGCCCCGGGCCCAACCAGGACUCGGGGGCCGUUGGGAGCUACGUCGGAGCGGCCAGCCCACAGCCAGCGCAAGCCUUCUCUCACAGCCUCGGGGCUGUGUUGGUCUACGAUGCGUGGACCCGGGUAGGCGAUGAGGAGCCCCACCACCACCACCACCAUCAGCACCACCAGCACCACCACCACCUCGCCGCCACCUCGCCCCACGACAUCUUCAUCAACGUAUAGCGCUGACGCUGACGCAGCCGCAGCAGCAGCAGCAGCAGUCGAACGUCGUCACUGUCGCCGCGGUCGCAGCAGUCGAACGUCGCCGCCGUCUCCGCCACGGUCAUCACCGUCGUAACCGGCAUCACCAUCACCCCGCCAUGGUCAUCGUCAUCGUCACCAUCACCAUAGUCACGAGCAUCACCAUCAUCACCGGCAUCACCAUCACCCCGCCAUGGUCAUCAUCAUUGU